AUGGAAGUUCACCCUUCCCUGUGCUGGCUUACUUUCCCUCCUUGCUAUCCGUCUUCCCCUCCCCACUAUCCGUCUUCCCUCCCCCGUUUCUGUCUUCCCCUCUCCCCUGUCUGUCUUCCCUACCCUCUAUCCGUCUUAUCUCCCCUCUUUUCGUCUUACCCUCCCCCUUGUCCGUCUUUGCUUCCCCUUAACCAUCUUCCGUCUCCCUUAUCUGUCUUCACUCCCCUUUAUCCGUCUUCUUCCCCCCGGACUCUCUUCUCAAGCUCUGCGCCUUCCUCUGGUCGCACCUCUCGCCCUUCCCUUACUCCCACCCACCUUCCCUUUCCCCUCCCCUUCCAAUCCCCUCCACUUUCCCCCCUCCCCAUCCCCCCAGGGACUCUCUUCCUCAAGCUCUGCGCCUUCCUCUGGUCGCACCUCUCGCCCUUCCCUUACUCCCACCCACCUUCCCUUUCCCCUCCCCUUCCAAUCCCCUCCACUUUCCCCCCUCCCCAUCCCCCCAGGGACUCUCUUCCUCAAGCUCUGCGCCUUCCUCUGGUCGCACCUCUCGCCCUUCCCUUACUCCCACCCACCUUCCCUUUCCCCUCCCCUUCCAAUCCCCUCCACUUUCCCCCCUCCCCAUCCCCCCAGGGACUCUCUUCCUCAAGCUCUGCGCCUUCCUCUGGUCGCACCUCUCGCCCUUCCCUUACUCCCACCCACCUUCCCUUUCCCCUCCCCUUCCAAUCCCCUCCACUUUCCCCCCUCCCCAUCCCCCCAGGGACUCUCUUCCUCAAGCUCUGCGCCUUCCUCUGGUCGCACCUCUCGCCCUUCCCUUACUCCCACCCACCUUCCCUUUCCCCUCCCCUUCCAAUCCCCUCCACUUUCCCCCCUCCCCAUCCCCCCAGGGACUCUCUUCCUCAAGCUCUGCGCCUUCCUCUGGUCGCACCUCUCGCCCUUCCCUUACUCCCACCCACCUUCCCUUUCCCCUCCCCUUCCAAUCCCCUCCACUUUCCCCCCUCCCCAUCCCCCCAGGGACUCUCUUCCUCAAGCUCUGCGCCUUCCUCUGGUCGCACCUCUCGCCCUUCCCUUACUCCCACCCACCUUCCCUUUCCCCUCCCCUUCCAAUCCCCUCCACUUUCCCCCCUCCCCAUCCCCCCAGGGACUCUUUUCCUCAAGCUCUGCGCCUUCCUCUGGUCGCACCUCUCGCCCUACAUCACGCCAGCCGUCGAACCCUUCCUCCCGGCAUGGCAGCAGCAGUGGGCGACAGUGCAAGCUGUCCUCAUGGACCCCUGCUCGCAGCACGCCCUUAUGGCCGACACGCACCUCCUCUUCCUCCUCCUCGUCGCCCUCGCCUCCCUCGUGCGCGCCCUCCAGCCCGCCCCCCGCCUCGGCCCCGGCGUCACACCCGAGCAGCUGCAGCAGCAGCACUGGCUGCACCACCGGCGCCACGUACGCGUUUUAGAAGGGUCUCUGUACACGGUUACAGUGGUGCUGACCAUGCUGGUAGGGCUGGCGAAUCUGGUGGUUUCUCUGUGGUACGUCUGGCCAGGGUGGCGGCCGGAAUGGUCCGAUUGCCCCAUAUUUGAAGACCUGCUGCCGAUCGUGCAGUGUGUGGCGUGGUUCGGCAUGUCCUGGUCGGUCAUGGAGGAGAAAAGACAAGGUGCCACGUGGCACUUCUUCACUCUCCGCCUCUGGUGGACUUCGGUGUUUGUCCUGAAUUCCUGGAGCGUGAUCUACUCACUCGUGCAGAUGCACAAGGGGGUGCCUCUAUCAGUCGACGCAGCCCUUGGGAUCAUCGCCUGGCCCAUUUCAGCCUUUCUCUUCGCAGUCGCUUGCCAAAAGCCGCCGCCCGUUCACCACCCAAACGAACCUCUGACCGAAUCGCUUCUUUCCGGGCUGCCCGGAGUGGCCGAUCAGCCGACCGACCUGGGGGUCACCCCCUGGGAGCGGGCAGGCUGGUGGAACGUUCUCACCUUCCAGUGGAUCAACCCGCUGCUCGCCAAGGGGCACGAGAAACCUUUAGACCUGCCCGACAUUCCGUUCCUAGCAGAUUGGGACACGGCGGAUGCUGCCCGAGAAGCUUUCUACCGCACCUGGGAUCGGAUCCGGCUCUACACGCCGCUCCAACAACCGUCCAUCACGUGGACUCUCUGGCUCACCUACUGGCGAAAGUUCCUGGCAAUUGCGUUCUGGGCAGGGCUGGAAACGGUGCUACUGUACAUAGGCCCGUCGCUGCUGGCGGAAUUCGUGAGGGUGGUUGGGGGGGACGUGCCUGUGCUGACUUUCGGGGGAGGAGGCGCUGCGGAAGUUUGUGCUGCUGGGGUUGCCGGUGAUGCUGGUGCUGGUGGUGGCAGCUGCAGCAGCAGCACUGGAACCUGGAAUGUUGAUCUGGCUGGGCCGUUAGCAGCUCUGGGAACGAGCCUGACUGGGGCCUUUGGCUUGACCGGACUGUUUGGCUCGGCUGCUUCCGCUGUUUCUGCUGCUUCUGUUGCUUCCGCUGCUUCUGCUGCUGCUUCCAACCUCACCGCAACUGCCCAAACCAUCGCCUCCGUCACCUCUGCUACGGCGGCUGCUGCUGCCUCUUCUGCUGCAGCCUUCGUCACCCAAACAGCAGCAACCGCAGCAGCAGCAGCAGCAGUCCCAGCAGCCGCAGCAGCAGCAGCGGCACCAGCUCCAAGCCCGGGCGCGGCACCAGACGACCCGUGGGCGCAGUGGGAGGGGUACUGGCUGUGCGGGGUGCUGCUGGGGUGCAAGCUGAUAGAGACGGUGGCUCAGCACCAGUUCUACUUCCGCUCCGACAUCCUCGGGAUGAACGUGCGGGCGGCGCUCACAGGGCAUGUUUUCGAUAAAGCGUUGAGGCUGAGCAAUUCUGCACGGCACACGCAUCCCAUGGGAGAGAUCGUCAACUACAUGGCGCUGGACGUGCAGCGAGUAGCGGACAUGAUGUUUCAGCUGAACAAUCUCUGGACGCUGCCUCUACAAAUCCUCCUCGCGCUGCUGCUGCUGCACGCCACUGUGGGCCCCGCCGGCACGCUGGCAGGCGUGGCGACCAUGGUGCUGAUGAUGUGGGCUCAGCUGCUGGUGGCGGGGCAGGCGAGGGAGUGCCAGAAGGAGCGAACCGCCUGGCAGGAUCUGAGACUCAAAGCCACCACAGAGGCACUCAACAACAUGAAGGUGAUAAAGCUGCAUGCGUGGGAGGGGCGGUUCCUGGAGCAGAUAGAGGACUAUCGUGCAGAGGAGGCGGCGUGGCUAGCGCGCUACAACUACCUCAUGGCGGCCAACAUCGUCUUCCUCUGGAUGUCUCCUCUCCUCGUCGCCUCCGCCACAUUCGCUGCCUGCGUCGCCUUCGAGGAGCCUCUUUCCGCCGCCUCCAUUUUCACUGCCAUCGCCACCUUCCGGAUCCUCCAGGAGCCCCUCCGCUCGUUCCCAGAUGUCCUCUCCUCCAUCUCUCAAGCACUCGUGUCUCUCGAUCGCCUCGCCAGGUACCAGUCAGCGCAGGAGAUCGAGGUCACAGCAGUCUCAUGGCUCUCCCCAGAGGACACAGAGGACGCUGUUUUCGUCGACGGGGGCGCCUUCACAUGGGACCUGCCGCCCCCGCACCUGCAGCACAUGCACCGCCCCACGCUGCGGGGCAUUGGCAUGCAGAUAGGCCGCGGAGCCCGAGUGGCUAUCUGUGGGCCUGUGGGGUCGGGCAAGUCGAGUCUGCUCAGCUGCAUCCUGGGGGAAAUGCACAAGCUGUCCGGCAUUGUGCAAGUGGCGGGCACCAUAGCACACGUGCCACAGACGCCGUGGAUUCAGAACGGCACCAUCCGGGACAAUGUCACCUUCGGCCUGCAGAUGAACCGCGCCCUCUACGAGCGCGUGCUGCGCGUGUGCGCGCUCGCUGCUGACCUGGCAGUGCUGCCACGUGGCGACGAGACGGAGAUCGGGGAGCGUGGGAUCAACCUGUCGGGCGGGCAGAAGCAGCGCAUCCAGGUGGCGAGGGCCGUGUACCACGACGCUGAUAUCUACCUCCUUGACGACCCCUUCUCCAGUGUUGACACCGCUACUGGCUCCUUGAUAUUCGAUGAGUGUGUGUUGGGUCUGCUGGGCGCCAAGACAGUUCUCUUUGUGACCAAUCAGCUUGAGUUCCUGCCGGCUGCUGACCUCAUCCUGGUGAUGCGGGAUGGGGAGAUAGUGCAGGCGGGGCAAUACGAGGAGCUGCAGCGGGCCGGCACAGACUUCUCCCUCCUGCUGGACGCCCACAACAACGCCAUGGGCUCCAUGGACCUCCCCCCUCCCAACCCCUUCCAACCCUCCCACACCUCCCACCACCACCCUCAACCGCAACGCGCCCCUUCCCUGGGGAACAUCCUGGCUGCCAACGGUGACGUGUUCUCACGGUUUGACAUGGACGAUCAAGAGUUGGCAACACUGCUACUGGGGCCCCAGGCCGGGGCUGACGGGCUCGGGCUAGCCUCGGGCGGAGGUUCGGGAGGGAUGGGAGGCCCGGGGAUGGGUGCGGGAGAUGGUUUGGGUGGUGGGGCGAGUGGGGUUGCUGCAGAUGGGUCGCUGGUGGGGGUGGUGGGCGGGGCGGGGGGGGUGGUGGUGGGGCCGAUGGCAGCGGUGGCAGCAGCUGUGGCGAGUGGGGCAGAGGACAGGCAGUUUGGGCGAGUGAAUGCGGAGGUGUACCGGGCUUACCUCACAAGGGCGUAUGGCGGAUCGAUGGUCCCAAUCAUUGUGGCUUCCCAGGUGCUUUUCCAGGUGCUUCAGAUAGGCGCCAACUGGUGGCUAGCUCGUGAAGUCCAGCCUCUCCACCCAGCAGUGCUCACCUGGCCGGACGUCCGAGCCUAUGCCUCCCUCGCCAUCGGCAGCGGCCUCUUCGUCGUCCUCCGUGCCUUCCUAUCGGUCCAUGUGGGGCUGAGGACGGCAGAUGGGUUCUUUCAGGACAUGCUGCACGCUGUGUUCCGCGCUCCCAUGGCCUUCUUUGACUCCACACCCACUGGGAGGACCCUUGCCAGGGCAUCAGCGGACCAGAACGCGCUUGACUUGCAGCUCUUCUUCAACUUUGGCUCCGUGCUCAACAACCUCGUGCAGCUUCUGGGAAUCUUCCUCGUCACCGCUGCCGUCACGUGGCCGGUCAUCGUCGUCCUCAUCCCCCUCGCGCUGCUCUACGUGCCGCUGCAGCGCUACUACCUGUCCUCAUCACGAGAGCUCACAAGAAUCGACGGCCUAACCAAGUCGCCCAUCCUCGCGCAUUUCUCCGAGACUCUCGCCGGGGCGGCAGUGAUUCGCGCAUUCGCCCAGGAGGAGCGGUUUGAGAUAGAGAACGCAGAUGCGGUGGACAACAACAUGUGCGCCUACUUCCACUACUAUGGCGCCAUCUACUGGCUGGGGCUCCGACUGGAAACGAUUUCUGCGGUGGUGCUCGCGUUUGUGGCGUUCCUCUUGGUCCUCGUCCCCCAAGGCACCAUCGAACCUGGCCUAGCAGGUGUCUCACUCGCCUACGGUCUGACCCUCAACAUGGCACUAGUAAUGACCAUGUGGCAUCUCUCCAACCUUGAGAACAAGCUGGUGGCAGUGGAUCGAAUCCGCCAUUUCUCCGCCAUCCCCUCUGAGGCGCCCUUGAUUGUCGAAGGCAACCGGCCCUCUGCUGACUGGCCCAACCGCGGCUCCAUCAGCUUCGAGAACCUGCAGAUGCGCUACCGAGAAGCCAUGCCCCUGGUGCUAAAAGGCGUGACAGUGACCUUCAGAGGCGGGGAGAAGGUGGGAGUGGUGGGCCGCACAGGCAGCGGCAAAUCCACCCUCGUCGUCGCCCUCUUCCGAUUGGUCGAGCCGGUGGGCGGCCGAGUCAUGAUCGACGGCGUGGACAUCUCGACCAUCGGAUUGCAAGAUCUACGGUCCAGAUUGGCCAUCAUCCCACAGGACCCGACCCUGUUUGAAGGCACGGUUCGGUCGAACCUGGACCCUCUGGGUCGGUACCAUUCCAGUUUGCUCUGGGAGGUGCUGGAGAAGUGCCAGCUGGCAGAGGCGGUAAUGGACAAAGAGGACAAGCUGGACGCCAUUGUGGUGGAGGGUGGAGAGAACUGGAGCGUGGGGCAACGGCAACUCUUCUGCCUCGCCAGAGCUCUGCUCAAGCGCUCUCGAAUCCUGGUGCUGGAUGAAGCAACCGCGUCCGUUGAUUCGGCAACCGACGCCAUCAUCCAACGGACCAUAAAGGAGAACUUCGCCCGGGCGACGGUGAUCACUGUAGCGCACCGCAUCCCCUCUGUGAUCGACUCCGAUAAAGUGCUUGUGCUGGAAGCAGGUAGAGUGGAGGAAUUUGACUCCCCUGUGAGGCUGCUUGCCAAUAAGAGAUCGCUCUUCUCGCAGCUAGUUGCAGAGUACUCUAAGCGCACAAACACUGUAGCAAACCUAAGUGCCAUGGUGCGCAUGCCUCGCGACUACUCAAGACAAACCAUGCACUUGGAUGACUACUAG